GUCAUUGGUCGCUUUACUGCCUGCCGUAUUGGUGUGAAGACCCUUUGCUGCGAAUGCUUGCAAGGCAGGCACGGGGCAAUAUAUAGACCCUUCAGUUCACAGGAAUCCCCUGGUCACUCGCCUAGCCAAACCAUUAAGUAUAUAACGACCAUCCCAUCUACAGGUUCGAUCUCAGAUCCGUUUCCAUACGCAAAAGAACUUCCAAAAUGGCCGACGUCCUCAUCCAGCAACCCUCUCACCUUCCUCAGUUCCGCACUGACCGUGAUGGUGUGGCCUUCGAGGCUCUCUGCGACGAGAUCGAAGCGGCGGAUAUUGCUGCAGACCAAGCUACGAAGCAAAAUGUACAACAUAACGAAGAAGAGUGGAGCCCUUCCCAAUUCGAUGCAGAGAAAGACAAGACUCAAUUCCGCCAAUACGAGAAUGCCUGUGACAGAGUGAAGAACUUUUACAAGGAGCAACACACCAAACAAACAGUAGCCUAUAACCUCAAAGCCCGGAAUGAUUUCCACUCCAAGACCCGAGCUGAGAUGACCAUUUGGGAGGCCAUCGAACGCCUGAACACCUUGAUCGACGAAUCCGACCCAGACACCGAACUCAGUCAGAUCGAACAUCUUCUGCAGUCCGCCGAGGCUAUGCGUCGUGACGGCCGUCCUCGCUGGAUGCAACUCACCGGCUUGAUCCACGAUUUGGGCAAGCUCUUGUUCUUCUUCGAUGCUCAAGGUCAAUGGGACGUCGUCGGUGACACUUUUCCUGUUGGUUGUGCCUUUGACGAGAAGAUCAUCUAUGGCAACAAGUCCUUCACUGAGAAUCCAGACUACAAUGACUCGAUCUACAGCACCAAGUACGGCAUUUACUCCUCAGGCUGCGGCCUCGACAGUGUCAUGCUCUCCUGGGGUCAUGAUGAGUACCUCUACCACGUUGUGAAAGAGCAGUCCACCCUUCCUGACGAUGCUCUCGCCAUGAUCCGAUACCACAGCUUCUACCCGUGGCACCAACAGGGGGCCUACCGCGACCUCAUGAACGAGAAGGACCACAAGAUGCUUCAUGCCGUCAAGAGAUUCAAUCCUUACGACCUUUACAGCAAGAGUGAUGGGAAACCAUCCGUCGAGGAACUCAAGCCGUACUACCUCGAGCUGAUCGACGAAUAUUUUCCCAACAAGGUCAUCAAGUGGUGAACACCUUGGGUCGCCGUCACCAAUACUCAGCAUGUUUUGAGCGUUUGUCUUACUUUCAUAUGUUAGGCGAGGGAUAUAGGAGCACUCGUCUUUAUGUCCAAGACCAUCACUGGGAUAGAAUCCUUGAUCCUGGACGUAACCGGAGGUCGUUGUUGAGACAUUAUCCGUAUGUUGCAGCCUCAGAAUAAUAUUGACACAUCACCUACCGAUCACCUGGUGAUCAUACAAGCAUGUGUUACAUUUCAUUGAUGGUUCACACUCGACUUCCUCCGCGCACAUGUGCAUUUACCAGAUUGUAGAUUGGAGAGUCGCGGCACCGAAUUCAAGGAAAUGCCGCCGAAAAGUUGAUCAGAGGC